UUGCAAUCUAAGCAGACCUAAAAUUCGUAACUUAUGUUUCCAUUUACAGUUUGGAAAACCUUUUGUCUUUCAUCUCCAUCUGAAUUGAAAAAAUGAAGUCAUUGCAGGUUGCUGCUGUUCUUCUGCUCCUGUUUUCUGGGCAUUCACUAGCACAUACGGUAACAUUUUAUGUACACAAUAAGUGCCCCUUUCCUAUAUGGCCAGCAACGGCCCCCAACACCGGCCAUCCAGUGAUAGCAAAUGGCGGAUUCUAUCUCCCACCAGGACAGAUGCAGCGGUUUGAGGCACCGUGGACGUGGAACGGACGAAUUUGGGCAAGGACAGGUUGCAACUUCAACUCGAAUUGGCAACCGGCUUGUGAAACCGGUGACUGUGAUGGAAGGCUCCAAUGCAAUGGACUAAUAGGAAUACCUCCAGCCACACUAGUCCAAGUUGCACUUCAAGGUGAUAAAGGCAAGCCAAAUUUCUACGACGUUAGCCUGGUUGACGGCUACAACCUUCCUGUCUCGGUCACUACACGACCUUUUUCACCCAAAUGCACCAUCGGAAGCUGCUCAAAAAAUCCAAACAACUUUUGCCCUCAAGAACUUCAAGUUGUUAACAAAAAUGGGGAAGUAGUUGCUUGCAAAAGUGCUUGCUUGGCAUUUGAUAUCGAUUCAUUUUGUUGCAGAAACGAGUUUGGGACACCUGAAAAAUGCAAACCAAGUGUGUAUGCAAAGAUGUUUAAGGACGCAUGCCCUUCUUAUUAUAGCUAUGCCUUUGACAUGCCUCCACCAUUGGUGAAUUGUGCCUCAAAAGACUAUGUAAUUACUUUCUGUCCUUCAGCUUGGGGGACUGACCAGGCUUCUAGUUAGAGUUUUUAUAACUUUUUCUUCAAAUAAUACACACUUCUUACCA